AUUGUUGAGGAUCUUCUCUCGCGUGGGAUAGCUGGUAUAGAGAGCAAAGACAAGAAUGGGGCAACACCAGUGAUGUAUGCAGCAGAGAAGGGCAAUAAGAAAGUUGUUGAUCUGCUGGUGAGCAAAGGAUGCAACUUGUCGGUAGUGGAUGAUCUAGGUAGAAACAUUCUACAUGCUGCAUGUUUGAGUGACAAUGUAGAUAUUGUUGAGGAUCUUCUCCGGCAUGGGAUAGUUGACAUAGAGAGCAAAGACAAGAAUGGGGCAACACCAGUGAUGUAUGCAGCAGAAGGGCAAUAAGAAAGUUGUUGAUCUGCUGGUGAGCAAAGGAUGCAACUUGUCGGUAGUGGAUGAUCUAGGUAGAAACAUUCUACAUGCUGCAUGUUUGAGUGACAAUGUAGAUAUUGUUGAGGAUCUUCUCCGGCAUGGGAUAGUUGACAUAGAGAGCAAAGACAAGAAUGGGGCAACACCAGUGAUGUAUGCAGCAGAAGGGCAAUAAGAAAGUUGUUGAUCUGCUGGUGAGCAAAGGAUGCAACUUGUCGGUAGUGGAUGAUCUAGGUAGAAACAUUCUACAUGCUGCAUGUUUGAGUGACAAUGUAGACGUUGUUGAGUAUCUUCUCUCGCGUGGGAUAGCUGACAUAGAAAGCAAAGACAAGACUGGGAGAACACCAGUGAUGUAUGCAGCAGAGCAGGGCAAUAAGAAAGUUGUUGAUCUGCUGGUGAGCAAAGGAUGCAACUUGUCGGUAGUGGAUGAUCUAGGUAGAAACAUUCUACAUGCUGCAUGUUUGAGUGACAAUGUAGACCUUGUUGAGGAUCUUCUCUCACGUGGGAUAGCUGACAUAGAAAGCAGAGGAGAGGAUGGUGCUACACCGGUGAUGUAUGCAGCAGAGCAGGGCAAUAAGAAAGUUGUUGAUCUGCUGGUGAGCAAAGGAUGCAACUUGUCGGUAGUGGAUGAUCUAGGUAGAAACAUUCUACACGCUGCAUGUUUGAGUGACAAUGUAGAUGUUGUUGAGGAUCUUCUCGGGCGUGGGAUAGUUGACAUAGAGAGCAAAGACAAGAAUGGGGCAACACCAGUGAUGUAUGCAGCAGAGCAGGGCCAUAAGAAAGUUGUUGAUCUGCUGGUGAGCAAAGGAUGCAACUUGUCGGUGGUGGAUGAUCUAGGUAGAAACAUUCUACAUGCUGCAUGUUUGAGUGACAAUGUAGAUAUUGUUGAGGAUCUUCUCCGGCAUGGGAUAGUUGACAUAGAGAGCAAAGACAAGAAUGGGGCAACACCAGUGAUGUAUGCAGCAGAGCAGGGCAAUAAGAAAGUUGUUGAUCUGCUGGUGAGCAAAGGAUGCAACCUGUCGGUGGUGGAUGAUCUAGGUAGAAACAUUCUACAUGCUGCAUGUUUGGGUGAUAAUGUAGGUAUUGUUGAGUAUAUUCUCUCGCGUGGGAUAGCUGACAUAUAUAACAGAGACAGCAAUGGGAAAACACCAGUGAUGUAUGCAGCACAGACGAGUAAGGUUUGGGAUUUCCUAGUGAACAAGGGAUAUCGUCAGCCAUCGGAUUACUCCUAGAGAAGGUUCAGAGGUAUGUUGACAACAGCCACUAAGUUAUUCGACACUUGAAGAUACAUGUACUUGCUUAACAACGGGUUUUUUAAACAAAUUGGGGCGGUGGGGAUGAAAAUGGUUAAAGCGUUCGUUCGUCAUACUGAAGACCCGGGUUCGAUUCCCCAC